CCGGGCUCGUCAGUCACUGUGAGAUAUCCCACUCCUGCGCGCACAGGCUCGGCUUUUUUUACGCAGCUCGGGCUGGUCAGAGAGCGAAAAAUCCCGGCCCCCGGCUCCAGGCUCCGCCCGGUGCGCGGCCACCACUGCCUGCCGGCACACAGCAGACUUCUACCGGAUUGUCCCGCAGCAGCGGCGGGAGAGGACUGCUCUCACCCCCCAAAGCGGGACAAAGGGACGCAGGGAAUUAAGGAAAUGAGAGAAAACAUGCGGAAUAAGCGAGGAGCGCGUCAGGAGGACCAGUGUCUGCUGGCUGUCGCCCUUGGACUUUUAAUGCUGGGUGGGUGCUCGGCCCGCGUGGUGACCGUGUCUGCUGGACCCUUGGUGAGAGUAGAGGGUCAGCCGGUCUCCAUAAGAUGUGAGGUUAACGACUACGAAGGACCCCGUGAGCAGGACUUUGACUGGAAGAUGUCCAGGGAUGUGAACGGGCCGGAGAUAAAUAUAAUCUCCACCUUUGAGGCGAGAUACUCCGACCCCACGCUCAGCAAGCGCAUUGCGUCCGGCGACAUCUCGGUGGUGCGGCCCCAAGACAACAAGGCCGAGCUGAAGAUCGCCGAGGUGAAGCCGCAGGAUGCCGGGUUUUACAAAUGUCAGACGCCCAGCACUGAUGUGGUCUUCAGCGGCAACUACCACGCUCAAGUCCAGCUCACCGUCAUCCCCAACACACUCAAGGUGUCCCCCCAGAUGUUGCCUCCAGUGGUUCUGGAGGGGAGCGACCUCACUCUGUCCUGCAACGUGACCCGGGAGCUCUCCCACCCCACCUACCUGUCCGUCACCUGGCUGCUGAAGAGGGGAGCCACGUCCCAGGAGAUUUUGACUUUCGGGCCCCAAGGAGAUGUGAUCACGGGCGCAAAGUUUGCUCUCCGUUACGCAGACGGGAGCAUCCGACUGGUUCCCGGGAGGAAUGGCGUGUUUGAGCUGGUCAUUUCCAGAGUGAGCGCAUCCGAUGAAGGGAUUUAUGAGUGUAACGGCACCGAGUGGACGCACGAGAGCGGAGGGAAGUGGGUGAAAAUCGUGGAGAGCACCAAGGAGAUGGGCACUGUCAGUGUCACUCCCACAGGUCGUUCCCUCAGUGUGAAGGCGUCCUCCUCCUCUCCCUCUGCUACCUCCGUGCUGCUCUCCCCCGGCGACACGCUGACCCUGCUCUGCUCCGUUGCCGCCGACAACCUGCCCGCCCUCACCCUGGAAGUGACCUGGUGGGCUGGCGACCAGCAGAUCCUCACUAUGGACCGCAGCGGGGUGGUUCUCUCCAACGCGUCCUCCGGCGGAGCAGAAAGGAAGCGCAGCGAGGCCAGCAUGGAGAGAACAGCAGCCGGGGAGUACAGGCUGACCGUGAGGGCCGUGAGCGGCCAGGACGGAGGACUCUACACCUGCCACAUCCGAGCCUUCAUAGAGGGUGGUGGACGAAGUGCAGCAGGAGGAGGGAGUUGGUAUAAGGCAGCGGAGAAGAGGUCCACCCCUGUGACCGUCAAGGUGUCGGAGAUGAAACCAAACUUUACGCUGACCCUCGAAGCCGCCGUGGUCCCCCAGAUGACAUCAGAACCCAUCGAGCUAUCGUGUCAUGUGACCAACAUCACUCAGAUGCCUCUGGGGGGGCGUCUGGGUGUCAGCUGGGAGCACAUCACACUUCCUGGCAUUGGGGACGAUCCUCAGACCUCCAAUCCUAUUGGUUCCUUGGACGGCAAUGGCAACCUGUUGGCGGGAGCGACGUAUGCUGACAGACUGAGGAGUGGAGUGCUGUCCUUGAGCAGAGUCCAGCCCAGCACGUUUAAGCUGCGAUAUCUGCGCGCGCAGGAGAUCGACAUGGGCGAGUACGUGUGCAGCGUCUCCUCCUGGAGUCUUAACCCCACAGGAGACUUGGUGAAGACCUCUGAGGUUCAAAGCUCCGCCCUGACUGUGCGAUGGGACACAAAACGUCCAACUGUGAACGUUGUGGCCAAACGCCUCCGUGAAGCCUCGGUGGGCGGCGCCACCUUUGAAAUGAGCUGCACUGUUGCCAAGCAGAACCUGGGUGAGGCUGGCUACUCCGUGCUCAUCCAGUCACAGGAAAGCGUGACCAGCAAAGUGAAAACCAUCAUGACUCUGAGCCCUGACAACGUGGUGCAGCACGGUGGGGCCACAGACCCCAACCGGAGAGACAAUCUGGUUCUUACCAAGUCGGGCCCAGAGGAGUUCAGGUUCCGCCUGGCGGGCGUCCAGCUCACCGACAGAGGCUUCUACUGGUGUGACAUCACUGCAUGGACAAAACAGCAGCCGGGGCAGAUGUGGACUAAAGCCACCAGCUCGGAGUCCAACAAAAUCAGGAUCAGUUUUGAAGAAAACGGCCCAUCCUUCAACAUCGCCAUCCACUCAGACAUCAGCUAUGUUUAUCCAUGGGAAACAGCCAAGAUGGAGUGCUCGCUCAGCGUCUCUGGAUCCUCACCAAAGACAGGUACAGCACUGGCCCACCACACACACACACACACACACAGUCCUUCAGCUGCCGGCUGCACUGCUCUGGAGAAUGAUGACCUGGUGUAUGAGGUGAGCUGGUUUUUCAGCAGGCUGCGCGGCGGACAGACCACAAUCCAGGUGGUCAGCAUCGAUCGCUUCGGAGUCGUAAGGAAAAAUGACCGGAACUCGUCCAGUGACGUUUCUAUUGAGCGCAAAGACACACACACCUACCUGCUAAACAUUUUUGGCACUCAGGAGAGCGACAGUGGCGAGUAUCACUGUGUUGCCACUCCUUGGUACCUGUCAGCCUCUACAGCAGCCUGGACUCAAGCUGGAGACCUGACAUCAGGACGAGUCUUCCUCACUGUCAGAUUUGCUGGGGUUGGCCUUUUCUCCCUGAUCUUGGGGUUGGUUUGUGCCCAGUGCUGCUGCCGCAACACAGCACACACUCCACGCUCACGCAACAAACUGAUGGACCUGGAGAUGGACUGA